UUGACAGGCUAGAAUACAAUACACAAUUUUUAUUUAAAGUUACACAUUUUCUGCUUCUUCUUAAUUUCCCUUUCUGCCACAAUUCAAGGGAAUCACACUUACCGUCCCAGACCUGGAAAGUCUUUUGGUUCCCCAGGGCCACCUCAAGUAUCUGAAAUCUCUAUCUCAAAGCCAGUGUGAAGCUCCAAGUACUGGUUACCAUACACAUUCUGAGCCCUCUUGCAAGCUAGAGAUUUGAAACUGUGUUGAUGACUUUACCAUCAUGUUUUCAUAAUUCUGUAGAAAUAAGUCUAAUAUAACUUUCUUCCAAUGUCCUCUCCAAUCUCUAAACUUUCUAGUCGUUAGAGAGAAGGAACAAAUGAAAUAAAACGAGAUCAUAAAAAAUAGGAUGCAAAAGAGGGAAAUGUAAAAGAAUGUCUGCAAGCCAAACUAGGGAGCAGAGAUGUUCCAUGUUUGAGAAAGGCCUCUUGUGAGGAAUAGGGGAAUAAUCUUCUUAGUUCAAAGAUGAAGAGAAGGAGUUUGACUGGACAAUAUAGAACCAAAUGGCCACUCAUGAUACAUGAGUGUGGAUGUCAAUAUUAAAUACAUGAGUGAGAAAUCCAAUAUGAUACAAGACGGAUUGCUGCAAGAUUCAAGGAGGUAGCUCAAACAAAACAUCAAAAUGAUAGGUGGUGGAAACGUGGAAGAGGAAGUAACAAACAACACUGGUAACCCAGAAUGUGCUCUUAAAAUAUGUUUUCGAGUUAAUCAUUCAACUUUUAACUAUGAGUUCGAGCUGAAGAAACCAAAAUUACAGUUAAGACCACCCAUUCUGGAAGGCCUGAGGACCAGGGGGUGUUAUGGAACCCAUGAAGGGCAAAGUGUUUUGCUUCUGUCUGUCAUUCUUUCUCAUUUGAUGGUUCCUGAAGCAAAAUUUUUGUUUUUGUUUUUGUUGUUCAAGUAAGCAAUCUAGAAGGCUUAGAGAAAAGGUGUUGGUAAGAGUCCUAAAAGAAAGCUUUGAGGGACCCAUGAGAGGACUCCAGGGAGUGCUUYGGACUGAGGCCAACUGGAGUUGGAAAGAUCUGGGGAGGAGCAAGGCAAAGCGGAGAGCAACUGGGAGCCUACGGAGGGACUGGGUGGGGGUGGGGCGGCGAGACCCAAGAGAGACCGAGAAGGGCGAGCAAGUGGUAGAAAGCGAGUGUGAGGGACGGGAGUCUGCCCCGGGCUUUGGCGUUCUCACCAUUGUCCCAGUGGCUUUCCGCCUGUGAGCGCAUUGUGAAACAGUUCCUUCCUUUGAAGCACUGAGCCCCUCCCUUUUCGAUGGAAGAGCCGCUCAGCUUUUUCUUAGGGACCUGGGGGUGGAAAGGCUCAGCUUUGUCGCUUUCGUAACACGGACGCCUGCUUUUCCCUUCCUACUAGGAAGAGGAGGGCGGGGUGGGGAAGGAAAUCYAUUUCCUCUUUUUCUCCACGACAUAUUUUCUAUCCUCCGCGAUCGCCGCUGCCCCUGAAUAGCAAAGUGGGGUUCCUUAAUUGUUCUGCUCAUCKCGCCUACGGCCUGCAGCAGCUGCACUUAGGUGGGCGAUCCGCGGGACUUACUUUCUCGAAUGAAGAAGAGAAAACCCAAUUCCUUCCAUGGGCUCUAGGAAAUGAACCCCGUUCCAGAUCAGCUAUUAAGGAAAUGGGGACACGGGUCCCCACAAAAAGUCUUAUGUGGCGCGGGGCCGGGGAGAGGGAAGAGAGUAAAGGUCAAUGCAGACCCAUUUUACAAUCCUGAGUCUAGGAUGUGCCCCCAGACCGUUUGUACAGGGCGAAGGCAAAGCCAACACCAAACCAAGCUUUCCCUAAGAAAAGUUGGGGCAAAGAGAGCUUUGCAGCAAAGGAGCUCUUGGCAGCCCAAGAAGACGGAGAGGUGGGCAGGCUAUUCUUUCUAGAAAGGGCGGCCCAUCUUCCAGACUGGGGAAGAAAGGGCUAUGCAGGCAGGGAGGGAAACUUAGGGCCCACUCCAGAGAAGGGAAAUUUUGGUAAAGGGACCCAACUAUCCACCCCGAACCUCCCUCCUGGGAGCUGCAGCCCAGAGGGUAUACUGAGUACCCCACAAAGGAGAAGGCAGGGUGGUCCAGGAAGUCUGCGGGGAAGAGGCGUGGUGGAAGGGAGAAUUUUUUCCCCCCUGAGUGGCCCAGGCUGUACAAAGUGCUGGUCACAGUGCCGUUCUGCGUCUUCCGCCCCCUAGAUUGACGAGCCCUGGCACGAAGCCAGCGCGGAGGCUGCCCCCUCCCCCCCGGGGGCCCGCGGCGCUGAGCGCGGUUUAGCACCGACUGAGCUCAGGGGGCGGUGUCUUUGGGAUGGAAAGGCGGCCAAGAUGGAGGAGGGGCUCAUUCCAGGGCUAUAAAGGGGCGGUCCGGGCUGCACAGUUCUUGCACUCGCUGGAAGCCGCUACGAGCCAAGCGCUUAUUGCGAAGCUAGAGCGCACAGUCGGGCGGAGAGGGCAAGAGUCCUGCUCAGAGUGAGCAGUACUAGGCGGAGGACGAAGGGUAGCGCAAGGCACCGAUCCUCGAGUUGCCCCCAGCCCGGGAGGUGCCCUAGAGCGCUUCUUUUUCCCUYAGCGGCCACUCCAUAGCGCCCACCGUGCGGUGCCUCCAACUCUGCGCUGGAAGAAAACCUUCCCGCGCGCCGCCAGAAUCUCUGCGCCUUCUAGGUGACUGGGAGGUUCGGCUGUAGCCGGUUCUCCGCUAACUUUCAAAGAAUAAUAGUAAACUUUGACAAUCCGGAGAAAGCCAGCUCAGCUCCCCCUCCUUCAGAGUGCCGCGUCUCCCAGAGCUCUGAUGCAAAGAGCAGUCCCUGUGGAGUCCCGAAGCCACAGGCUGGUCGGCGAUAUGGGGAACGCUGAGCGAGCGCCACGUUCUGGGAGCUUUCAGCCUGCACCCACGCUGCUGCUGCUCGCUGCGGCUGCAGUGCUGUUUAUAGUGCCCGGCGCGCAUGGGCUCCCCGCCGAGGAAGAUGAAGAGCUGGUGCUGCCCGCCCUGGAGCGCGCCGAAGGACGGGAGACCACGCGCCUCCGCCUAGACGCGUUUGGCCAGCGGCUGCACCUGAAGCUGCAGCCCGACCGCGGCUUCUUGGCGCCAGGCUUCACACUCCAGACUGUGGGGCGCAAACCCGCGCCUGAGGCGCAGCGUCUGGACCCCGCCGGCGACCUAGCACACUGCUUCUACUCUGGCACCGUUAAUGGUGACCCCAGCUCGGCCGCAGCCCUCAGCCUCUGCGAGGGCGUGCGUGGCGCCUUCUACCUGCAAGGCGAGGAGUUCUUCAUCCAGCCGGCACCCGCAGCUGCCACUGAGCGCCUCGCCCCCGCCGCCSCCGAGGAGGAGCCGAUCAAGCGGCCUCAGUUCCAUCUCCUGCGGCGGAGGCGGAGGGGCGGUGGUGGCGCCAAGUGUGGAGUCAUGGACGAUGAGACCCUGCCCGCGAGGGGUGCAGAACAUGAGGGAGAAGACCUUGGAACGCAGUGGCCUCAGCGGGACCCGGAGCCGCAACACGUGGGACAGCCAACAGGAACUGGAAGCAUAAGAAAGAAGCGAUUUGUGUCCAGCCCCCGCUAUGUGGAAACCAUGCUUGUGGCCGACCAGUCAAUGGCAGAGUUCCACGGCAGUGACCUAAAGCAUUACCUUCUCACCUUGUUCUCCGUGGCAGCCAGGUUGUACAAAUACCCUAGCAUUCGAAAUUCCAUCAGCCUCGUGGUGGUGAAGAUUUUAGUUAUCUAUGARGAGCAGAAGGGGCCAGAAGUGACCUCCAAUGCUGCACUCACUUUGCGGAACUUCUGCAACUGGCAAAAACAACACAAUCCUCCCAGUGACCGGGAUGCAGAACAYUAUGACACAGCGAUUCUUUUUACCAGAGAGGACUUAUGUGGGACUCAGACAUGUGAUACUCUUGGAAUAGCUGAUGUUGGAACUGUGUGUGAUCCCAGCAGAAGCUGCUCGGUCAUAGAAGAUGAUGGUUUACAAGCUGCUUUCACCACAGCCCAUGAAUUAGGCCAUGUGUUGAACAUGCUUCAUGAUGAUUCGAAGCAGUGUGCCAGCCUUAACGCUGGGAACCAGGGUUCCCACAUGAUGGCCUCAAUGCUCUCCAAUUUGGAUCACAGCCAUCCUUGGUCUCCCUGCAGUGCCUACAUGAUCACAUCAUUUCUGGAUAAUGGUCAUGGGGAAUGUUUGAUGGACAAGCCCCAGAAUCCCAUACGGCUACCAUCUGAUCUCCCUGGCACCUUGUAUGAUGUAAACCGGCAGUGCCAGUUUAUGUUUGGGGAGGAGUCCAAACACUGCCCAGACCCAGCCAGCACGUGUGCCACCUUGUGGUGCAAUGUCAACUCGCCCUCUGGUGUGCUGAUGUGCCAAACCAAGCACUUCCCCUGGGCAGAUGGCACCAGCUGUGGGGAAGGGAAAUGGUGUAUCAACAGCAAGUGUGUGAACAAGACYGACAAGAAGCAUUUUGAUGCCCCUGUUCAUGGAAGCUGGGGAUCCUGGGGAUCCUGGGGAGAUUGUUCGAGAACCUGCGGUGGAGGAGUUCAGUAUACAAUAAGGGAAUGUGACAACCCAGUCCCAAAGAAUGGAGGGAAGUACUGUGAAGGCAAACGAGUGCGCUACAGGUCCUGUAACGUGGAGGACUGUCCAGACAACAAUGGAAAAACCUUUAGGGAGGAACAGUGUGAGGCACACAAUGAGUUUUCAAAAGCCUUUGGGAGCGGGCCUGUGGUGGAGUGGACCCCCAAGUAUGCUGGUGUCUCACCAAAGGACAGGUGCAAGCUCAUUUGUCAAGCCAAAGGGAUCGGCUACUUCUUUGUUUUACAGCCCAAGGUUGUAGAUGGUACUCCAUGUAGUCCAGAUUCCACUUCUGUCUGUGUGCAAGGACAGUGUGUAAAAGCUGGUUGUGAUCACAUCAUAGACUCCAAAAAGAAGUUCGACAAAUGUGGUAUUUGUGGAGGAAAUGGAUCUACAUGCAAGAAAAUAUCAGGAUCCAUUGCUAGUGCAAAACCUGGGUAUCAUGAUGUUGUCACAAUUCCAAGUGGAGCCACAAACAUUGAUGUGAAACACCGGAAUCAGAGGGGAUCCAGAAACAAUGGCAGUUUUCUUGCCAUCAAAGUUGCUGAUGGCACGUAUAUUCUGAAUGGUGACUUCACUUUGUCCACUUUAGAGCAAGAUAUUACGUACAAAGGUAUGGUCUUAUGGUAUAGUGGCUCCUCCGCAGCGCUGGAAAGAAUCCGCAGCUUUAGCCCACUCAAAGAGCCCUUAACCAUCCAGGUUCUUACUGUGGGCAAUGCUCUCCGACCCAAAAUUAAAUACACCUACUUCGUGAAGAAGAAGAAGGAAUCUUUCAAUGCUAUCCCUACUUUUUCAGAAUGGGUCAUUGGAGAGUGGGGUGAAUGCUCUAAGUCAUGUGGAUUGGGUUUGCAGAGAAGACUGGUGGAAUGUCGGGACAUUAACGGGCAGCCUGCAUCUGAGUGUGCGAAGGAGGUGAAACCAGAAAGCACCCGACCUUGUGCAGACCUGYCUUGCCCACACUGGCAGCUGGGAGAAUGGUCACCAUGUUCCAAGACUUGUGGGAAGGGUUACAAAAAGAGAACCUUGAAGUGCCUGUCCCAUGAUGGGGGAGUGUUGUCUCAUGAGAAUUGCGAUCCUUCAAAGAAACCUAAGCAUUACAUAGAUUUUUGCACGAUAGCAGAAUGCAGUUAAGCAGGGUCAGUUUUGAGGAAAAGGCAGUGUGGAAGGUCUGACGCACUGAAUAAGAAUGCUGGAGGGAUUCAGUGUAUCUUGCCAGUAGCCAGUGAGGUGUGUCAAUCAUGGGARUGUGGAGGUAAAUAGGAGUUAGAUCGUGAGAAUAUCCUGCCAGUUACAAAUCUGAUAGGCUAGUUAAUGAGGMUUAUUAACCUGUGAGCAAUGAUAUAGCAUGAAAAGCCCCAGGGCAUUAUUAUUAUUAUUUCUUUUGUUACAUCUAUCACAAAAACAAUUGUCAAAAUAAGCCAAUAUUUUUAUAUUGCAAGCCCUGCUUCCUGGUACUGAUUAAAUUCUUUGUACCAUGCAAGUUGGGAAUGAAAAGCAGAAGAAAGAUGAAAUUUUGUUUAAGACAUGGCUUACUUUACCUCACUAACAAAAGGGGAAGAAAGGAGUACAAAGAGGGUAUUUGAUCAGCACUCCUUAUGGCCGCUAUGGUAUCAGAGAAUGUUUAUGCAUCUUUUCCAUCAUGAGUGACGWGUUCAGAUUGUCCAACACGAGAGAAAGGCUCAUAGCUCCUUCUCUAAUGCCUUGUACCAUCUCAGUCUUUAUCUGUGUCGUUCACGUAAAUGCAUGUAUUUCUAAGAGUGCAUCAAGUCUACAAGGCCAAGAAAAGCAGCAGAGUACGAGGUGCUGAUAAAAACUCAAGGUGACAAGAUGAGUUUGGUACUUCUGRUCUACCUUCCUCCUUAUGUAAGCCRACUGUGGGAAUGUGGAUGUGGAAAAGUGAAUUGUGUCUUAAGAAGUCAGUGAAACCACACAGAAGGAUGUAAUGCCAGAGCAAGAAUGGAGCACAUAGAACAGUGUCCCCUGGGCUUAGGGACAUUGAGAUCACUUGUCUCAUGGUGAGGAGGCUGCUGAGGGAUAGCGGGUCCAUCCCGGCAGCUGGUCCAACAGUCGUAUCCUGGUGAAUGUCUGUUCAGCUCUUCUACAGAGAGAUAAUAUGACUUUUUCCAUAUGUAUAUAGUAAAGUGUGUUACUAUAAAUUAUAUAUGUACUUUAUAAGUAUUGGUUUGUGUGUUCCUUCUAAGAAGGGCUACAGUUUGUAAUAAAUGCCUAUAAUAACAUAUUUAUUUUUAUACAUUUAUUUCUAAUGAUAAAACUUUUAAGUUAUAUCGCUUUUGUAAAAGUGCAUAUAAAAAUAGAGUAUUUAUACAAUAUAUGUUACUAGAAAUAAUAAAAGAACACUUUUGGAUAUGUGUGUUUAUUUUCUGAAGUGGAAAAAUGACUGUUUUCUGACAUGGCAGGAGAUCUGAGGCAAACAUUGACUCUGAAGACAAUUUUUUUCUUAAAUUCUUUGGAAAUAAGAUUGAGUUCUAAUGAUAUAUUUUAUGUAUCUUUGGUUUAUGGUAGUGCUGAUAAUAAAGGAAUUUAUUGUAUCUUUAGUGAUAGAUAAAUUUGCUACUCAUGUUUCUAAUAAUAUACACCAGUGGUUGGCAAACCUCUGUAAAAUGCCGGAUAGUAAAUAUUUAUGGCUUUAUGAGCUGUACCAUCUCUGUUACAAAGCAGUGCUAUUGUAGGCAUGAAAGCA